AUAUAGUACACCCAUGGGUCCAGCCAUCUUCACGCCAAAAACCCCUCCUCGCUCUUUCUUCUCUCUCGCUCAACACUCUCCCAGUAACCAUGGCAACGGCCACCUCGCCAAAUUCUCUUCUUCUCCAAAACCCUAAUCGUUCAACAACCAUACAUUUCCGCAAAAACCCUAAUCCGGCACGCGUUAAUGUCUUCAAUCUCAGCCCUAGUCGUCGUAAUAAGUCUAUCUCCAUCACCUGCUCCACAGCCCAAGUCGAACGCCCACCCUCCAACGCCCAAUCCUUGGAUCGGGUCUUCAAUUUUGCGGCCGGCCCGGCAACGUUGCCGGAGAACGUGUUGAUGAAGGCCGAGUCGGAGCUCUACAACUGGCGCGGAUCGGGCAUGAGCGUCAUGGAAAUGAGCCACAGGGGUAAAGAAUUCAUGUCCAUAAUCCAAAAGGCGGAAUCGGAUCUGAGGGCUCUGUUGAAUAUUCCGGAGGAGUACGCUGUUUUGUUCUUGCAAGGCGGUGCCACCAGCCAAUUCGCCGCCAUCCCGUUGAAUCUAUGCAAACCCGAUGAUCCGGUGGAUUAUGUGGUUACUGGGUCAUGGGGGGACAAAGCUUUCAAGGAGGCGCAGAAGUUCUGCAAGCCCAGCGUGAUCUGGUCUGGGAAGUCUGAGAAGUAUACGAAGAUUCCAUCUUUUGAUGGGUUAGAGCAGAACCCAGAUGCUAAGUAUUUGCAUAUUUGCGCCAAUGAAACGAUUCACGGAGUUGAAUUCAAGGACUACCCGACCCCCAAAAACAACGAUCGUCUUCUUAUUGCGGAUAUGUCUUCAAAUUUCUGCUCAAAGCCUGUGGAUGUGUCCAAGUUUGGGUUGAUUUAUGCCGGAGCUCAGAAGAAUGUGGGUCCAUCCGGGGUCACAAUUGUGAUUGUCAGGAAAGAUUUGAUUGGGAAUGCACAAGAAAUCACUCCAAUCAUGUUCGAUUACAAGAUCCAUGUUGAGAACAAUUCACUUUAUAACACCCCUCCUUGUUACGGGAUUUAUAUGUGUGGAUUGGUGUUUGAAGAUCUGUUGGCACAGGGAGGUUUGAAGGAGGUUGAGAAGAAGAACAUAAAGAAGGCCCAGAUUCUGUAUGAUGCCAUAGAUGAGAGCAAUGGGUUCUACAGAUGCCCAGUUGAGAAAUCAGUGAGGUCGCUGAUGAAUGUUCCAUUUACCUUGGAGAAGUCAGAUUUGGAAGCCGAGUUUGUGAAGGAGGCUGCAAAAGAGAAGAUGGUACAGCUGAAGGGGCACAGAUCAGUGGGAGGAAUGCGGGCAUCCAUAUACAAUGCCAUGCCUUUGGCCGGUGUUGAGAAGUUGGUUGCUUUCAUGAAGGAUUUCCAGGCAAGGCAUGCUUGAUCCUGAAACGAUAAUAAAUAAAAGUUGAGAUCAAUGCACUCAAAAACUACUAGAGUUUGUAGGGAUUUUUGUCCUUGUUUUGUCCCUUUUGUUUUUAUCCAUGUGGGUAGGUGUGGUGUCUGGGAUUUCAUUUACCCACAUUCACUCACUAUGCGUUGUAUCCUAAAUCCAGUGAUAUAGAUUUCUGUAUCCAUAUCAUUGAGAAAGCAAUAUUUUUCACUUUUAA